AACAUUAAGGUUGCAGUUUUUUGGGAUCACCCUGUAAAUUGUGUAAAGUAGUCCCAGUUAUUACCCCCGGGUUAUUACCUUAUAACUGAGUGAUCUAUGUAUUGCAAGCAAGUGGAGUAUAAAAGAAGUCCAAAGGAGACCAGUCGUUACACCAACAGAAUAUGUUCAUCAUGUUCCGAUUAAGCAUCUUAGUAGCUUUCUUUGCAAUCGCUCAAACUGUUUCCAAUGUAACGAAAGAAGAAGAUUCAAAAGGUUAUGAAUUGCUAUUCACUAGUUUGACGAAAGAGGUUGAGGAUGUGAAGCUGAGAUUUGAAUUGCCAGGUGGGAUACCAAAGUGGAUCAAAGGUACUUUGGUGAGGAAUGGACCUGGCAAGUUUGAGAUGGGUAAUAAAAGGGUGAACCAUGCAUUUGAUGGAUUUGGCAAGCUAAGCUCUUGGAAAUUUGCUGGUGAUGGAAAAUCUGUUACAUUCUCGACUAAACUACAGCAGACUGGUUACUACAGGGAUUCGGUCAAAUUGAACACUAUUGCCCCCUAUACCCUAUUUGGAGACACAGUGCCACCAGAAAAUGCUUUAACGAGAGUAAAGCGCAUGAUGAAAGGUAUGGACAAUAAUGUAGUCAAUGUGAAAGCUCUCACAAAACAACUCUCCAGUGAUACUAAUUAUUUGAUCCUUAACGAUAUGUGGAACCUGUAUACGAUCAACAUAAACAAUCUCACCCUCGUAAAACACCUCGCUCCUUUAGUAGGCGAAGAUGAGAAAACCUUAUUGGACAUGAUGAUGGAUGCAAAUAAAAUGGCGGUCCCUAGUCUCAGUUCAGCCCAUCCUUUAUUUGAGGGCACUCAGGAUAACUUGAUCACAUAUUACAUUAAGCUUAAUCCAGUCGGUCAAAGCACCUUCAAUGUGAUUCGUUUGGGAAAUGACAUCCAACCCCGCUUAUUAACCAGCUGGAAAAUCGGCACUUCCCAGAUUCCAUAUAUGCAUUCUUUUGGGCUAACAGAAAAGUAUGUUUUAUUCUUUGAGGGGACUUGCUAUUUUGAAUUGUUCCACUUUGCUUUCUCUGGGACUUUUGAGAUGAAAGAAGCUUUCCAAUGUCACCAUGACAACCCAAUGUACAUUAAAGUUGUUGAAUUAGCCACGGGUAAGGUAACUGAGCUGAAAACACAUGACAUUAAUGCUAAAGGAUUGUUCCUACACAGUAUCAACUCAUAUGAAGUGAACUCUACAACCAUUGUCGCGGAUGCUACACAAUUACCAAAUUUCGAUCAAAUGACGGGUCUUACUUUGGACAAUAUGCUAAAUGUUGAUAAAAGAAAUGCAAUUGUUGCAAAUGGACAGAUCGUGCGCUAUUACCUUAACCUAAAAACAGGACAAGUGGACGUCCAACCAAAACUAAGUACAUCACCUCUAAACAAGGCGCUGGAUCAUCUGGACUUCCCUACUAUCAAUGAAGACUUCCGAAUGAAGAAUUAUUGUUACUUUUGGGGGACAGCAUAUAAAUCAGAUGGUGUCCAUUAUGGCAAUUGGACUAUUGGAAAGAAGAGUGUAUGCAACUCUAAAAAUGACCUUAUAUGGCAUAAACCAAAUCACUACCCAAUGGAGCCAUGGUUUAUUGCAACUCCCAAUUCGAAACAGGAAGAUGAUGGCGUAAUCGUCACUUCAAUUUUGGAUGGUGAAAAGGGUUUAAAUUAUCUUGCUGUGUUAAAUGCUACAAAUCUCAAAAUGAUAAACUAUGCAUACACACCAAUUCACUUACCCAUGGACUUCCAUGGGAGUUUUUUUGAAAAUGUCUAGAUUUUACAUACAAACAGUUGCCAGUGACACCUUUAAUAGUUAAAUGUAAUGACGGCUGGAGUAUUUCAUAUUUCGAGAUGGGGCUAAAACAAACCAAGAAUGGUCCUACAGUAUUCUAGAUCCAUUUUUAUGGAGUAAAAGUUUUUUACUUUGUAAUUAAACAAAUAAAUAUAUUGUUAAUUGAUAUCGUUAAUGAAUAAAUAAAUUCAUAGUUAUUAUCAAGUGUCUGAUCUUUUUUUCGUUUAUUUUCACACAAUUUUAUCUUGGGAAUUAAUAGUUCUUGGUAAAUGUAGCCAAGGGGGUUGAGCAACCCCACUCUGGUAUGCAGUCAUGCAGUUUU